GCCAAAAUUACGAAAUAAACAUCGACUUCACGCCUAGGACUUAGCUAGUAUCUGUUCUUGGCUUGCAAGGAGCGAUUCAACAGCGCAAAAUGAAGACUUUCCUGAUCCUGGUCUUUUGGGCCACAUUGACCAACGGCGUCAUAUAUCACCCUUACGAGGAGAUUGGUCGACUCGAGCAGGGAGACUUGUUGGUCAAAACUAUUGUCGACGAUAGUAAAGGAACUGUUCGUACCAACGUAGUCUUUUGGAGUGAAAGCACAGUUCCGUAUGUCCUCGGCACGGGAUUGACAACCAACCAGAAAUUUUCCGUCCGUUUUGCCAUGGAUGCGAUCGAGCACGUCAGUUGUGUUCGAUUCGUACCUAGGGCCAUCACGGAUUCCAACUACGUGAGCAUUACGAUGGAACAGUCCGGUUGUUGGGCGGCGCUGGGAAUGCACGGAGGUCGUCAGCAGAUCAACCUGGACCCGCGCGGCUGCAUGGACACCGGAAGUAUUCUGCACCAGCUGAUGCACACGUUGGGUUUCACCCACCCGUCGAACCGAGCCGACCGGGAUCUGUACGUGGAGGUGAACACGGAUAACGUUAAGGAGUGGGAGCAGAAGAACAUGGCAAAGUCCGCAGUUGGCGAAAUCGACGACUUUGGAAUGACGUACGAUUACGAAAGUAUCAUGCACAGAAGUGAGCUGGCGUUCACCGUCAACGGAAAACCGACCAUUUUGCCACUGCAUGCCAAUAUUGAACUGGGACAGCGAGACAGGUUAAGUCACAUGGACAUCAAAAAGCUAAACAAGAUGUAUCCGUGUGUGUAACUGAGAAAUGGCAAUACAAGUUAGAUUGACCGGUUGCUGCGUAUUAAAAAAAACAUCGUUGCACAAUACUGCUUUACUUUACAAAGAAUAAAUUAUACUGCAUCUCACUCUCAAA